GAGCGUCUCCAUGAAAACGCUCCGUCCGGCGAGACUUCCGGUGGCGCUCCCGGCGGAUUCAGGUGUGAACUGGGUAAGAGGGUGUGGUCGGUCGGUGGCCACACCCCGCGCAACCAGGUUAAAGUUCUAUACAGCCGCCGUAGGAGAUGAGUCUGUUUCUGCCUGAUAGAGCGUGCCCCACAACCUCGGGGAGACCCCACGGCCCACGCAAACCCUGCCUUGGGAACACCAUCCAUCAUGAUCCGCCGUGCACCCACAAGGCCCCGGUCUGCAAAGCUCCGAGGAGAAGCUUGGAUGGCAAUCCUGUUGCUCAGCCGGCAGAACUAAGGCGCAAAGCUGGGGAGGAAGUAUUGCCCCCUGGAACUGCCCCUUGCCCCCUGCCCUAGAAUUCCCUCCACGGCUCAGGGUGAUGCAGGGAUGGAGGUGGGGAGGAAAACUCUGGGGCUUCAAGACUCCGGCCCUCUCCGCGGAUCAACAGGGGACUACAGAUGACAACUGUUGACCGAUCCUUCUCUCUGCCGGACCUGCGCUAACACAUCUACUACCCACCUUAUCUCCUUUCAUCCCUACAGCAAACCUUUAAGCUAGCAAUGAAAGAGAGUUCCUGUUGCUCUACAUCUUCAUCAGCAUUUGGUGUUGUCAAUGUGUUGGAUUUUGGCCAUUCUAUUAGGUCUGGCCUCGCACCACAGACAAUGGCCUUGCCCCCGUGAGCUAGAGCCUGCCCCUCAGUGCCUGCCCACCACCCGCCAGCAGGAUGCAGCUGUGGAAGGCAGUGGUGGUGACCCUGGCCUUCGUGAGCUUGGACGUCGGCAUGACCACGGCCAUCUACAUCCUCAGCCACUCGGACCGCAGCUUGCUGGAGGACAUCCGCCACUUCAACAUCUUUGACUCGGUGCUGGACCUGUGGGCGGCCUGCCUGUACCGCAGCUGCCUGCUGCUGGGGGCCACCAUCGGCGUGGCCAAGAACAGCGCCCUGGGGCCCCGGCGGCUGCAGGCCUCGUGGACGGUCAUCGCCCUCGUGUGCCUCUUCGGGGGCAUCUACACCAUGGUGAAACUGCUGCUCUUCUCCGAGGUACGCAAGCCGGUCCGGGACCCGUGGUUCUGGGCCCUCUUCGUGUGGACCUACAUCUCACUCGCUGCCUCCUUCCUGCUCUGGUGGCUGCUGUCCACAGUGCGGCAGGAUGCCAAGGCCCUCGAGCAGGGGGCAGGGGCCGUGGCCGAGGCCGAGGGCUUCCCCGGGGAGGACCGGCCCCCGCCCGAGCAGGCCUCCGGGGCCACGCUGCAGAAGCUGCUGUCCUACACCAAGCCCGACAUCGCCUUCCUCGUGGCCGCCUCCUUCUUCCUCAUCGUGGCGGCUCUGGGAGAGACCUUCCUCCCCUACUACACGGGCCGGGCCAUCGACGGCAUCGUCAUCCAGAAGAGCAUGGAGCAGUUCAGCACGGCCGUCAUUGUGGUGUGCGUGCUGGCCAUCGGCAGCUCAUUUGCCGCAGGUAUUCGGGGCGGCAUUUUUACCCUCAUAUUUGCCAGACUGAACAUUCGCCUUCGAAACCGUCUCUUCCGCUCACUGGUGUCUCAGGAGACGAGCUUCUUUGACGAGAAUCGCACAGGGGACCUCAUCUCCCGCCUCACCUCGGACACCACCAUGGUCAGCGACCUGGUCUCCCAGAAUAUCAACAUCUUCCUGCGGAACACGGUCAAGGUCACGGGCGUGGUGGUCUUCAUGUUCAGCCUCUCGUGGCAGCUCUCCUUGGUCACCUUCAUGGGCUUCCCCAUCAUCAUGAUGGUGUCCGACAUCUACGGCAAGUACUACAAGAGGCUCUCCAAAGAGGUCCAGAAUGCCCUGGCCAGAGCCAGCAGCACGGCCGAGGAAACCAUCAGCGCCAUGAAGACAGUCCGGAGCUUUGCCAACGAGGAGGAGGAGGCGGAGGUGUACUCACGGAAGCUGCAGCAGGUGUACAAGCUGAACAGGAAGGAGGCCGCAGCCUACAUGUACUACGUCUGGGGCAGCGGGCUCACGCUGCUGGUGGUCCAGGUCAGCAUCCUCUACUACGGGGGCCACCUCGUCAUCUCGGGGCAGAUGACCAGCGGUAACCUCAUCUCCUUCAUUAUCUACGAGUUUGUCCUGGGAGAUUGUAUGGAGUCCGUGGGCUCCGUCUACAGUGGCCUGAUGCAAGGAGUGGGGGCCGCAGAGAAGGUGUUCGAGUUCAUUGACCGGCAGCCAACCAUGGUGCAUGAUGGGAACUUGGCCCCCGACCACCUGGAGGGCCGGGUGGACUUUGAAAACGUGACCUUCACCUACCGUACUCGGCCCCACACCCAAGUCUUGCAGAAUGUCUCCUUCAGCCUGUCCCCAGGAAAGGUGACUGCGCUCGUGGGGCCGUCGGGCAGUGGGAAGAGUUCCUGCGUCAACAUCCUGGAGAACUUCUACCCCCUGGAAGGGGGCCGCGUGCUGCUGGACGGGAAGCCCAUCAGCGCCUAUGACCACAAGUACUUGCACCGAGUGAUCUCCCUGGUGAGCCAGGAGCCGGUGCUGUUCGCCCGCUCCAUCACAGACAACAUCUCCUACGGCCUACCCACCGUGCCCUUCGAGGUGGUGGUGGAGGCCGCGCAGAAGGCCAACGCCCACGGCUUCAUCAUGGAGCUCCAAGAUGGCUACAAUACAGAGACUGGGGAGAAGGGUGCCCAGCUGUCAGGCGGCCAGAAGCAGCGGGUGGCCAUGGCCCGGGCUCUGGUGCGGAACCCACCUGUUCUCAUCCUGGACGAAGCCACCAGCGCCCUGGAUGCAGAGAGCGAGUACCUGAUCCAGCAGGCCAUCCACGGCAACCUGCAGAGGCACACGGUGCUGAUCAUCGCGCACCGGCUGAGCACGGUCGAGCGGGCACACCUCAUCGUGGUGCUGGACAAGGGCCGCGUGGUGCAGCAGGGCACACACCAGCAGCUGCUGGCCCAGGGCGGCCUCUACGCCAGGCUGGUGCAGCGGCAGAUGCUGGGGCUCGAGCCCGCCUCGGACUACACAGCCGGCCCCAGGGAGCUGCCGGGCAACGACAGUCACAAGGCCUGACCGCGGGCCCUGCCUCUCCCCAUGGGGCGAAGGCCCCGGUGCCCACCUGGCAGAUGUGCCCACGGGGGCCCCUGGCCGCCCCCGCUGCCCUCUGAGCCCAGGCCCUGGAGGGCCACCUGCCUGUCCCACGUGUCACGGCUUCCUGCAUCUCCCCCCCAUCCCCCCCCAUCCCGUUCCCGCCCUGUUCCCCGGGCCACCACCAGCCCCCUGCUGCCAUGAGCCACCCCCUCCAGUCUGGACAGCAGAGACACUACUGGUCUCUCCAGCUGGUCUCCCAAGGCUUCUGAGCGAAGGUAGAGCUACCUUUUUAAACCAAGAUCCCAACCAGGUUUUUUACUGCUUGGUUCUGAUGGGCCCCAAUCAACUCCUAGAUUUCAAGACCAUUUUUCUAAUUGGGAGUAGUGAUGGGCAGGUUCACUGAGAUGCUCUAGAGACUUCUGAGCCGGGAACGAACGACCCUUCCUAAGAGCCUGGGGGAUGUCAGGGAGGACUAGGCCUCUCCCCUUUGCCCCUGGAGAGAAGGGGCCUCCCUGCCCCAGAGUGGGGGACACGGGGAGGGGACUCCCCAUCUCUCCCUCCCCCCAGCUUCGUGAGUCAGGCCAAGGGUGGGCAGGGAGUGGAAGGCGCCUGCCUGCCUGUCACCCCGCCGCCCCCCAAAUCUAAGCCAGUCUCACUGUGAACCACUACAGACCUUAAGUGGGGGAGUGAGGGGCUGGCCGGGCCUCCCAGAGCCUCGGGGUGUCCCCCGCCCAGCACCCAGCUUGAGCCCCUCCCCCCACCCCCCGGCUGGCAGCCGCCCCCCGACACCCACCCCGCCGCCCCUCUGCUGUUCUGAGGCCCUUUGGAUGUUUGGGAGUCGCGUUCUCUUCCGUGUCCGGCGGGCAGGACGCUGGCAAAGCCCAGGCCUGGCCUUGUGGGGGGGUCAUACGAUGUUGGGAGAACCUGGUCAAUAAAGUA